AUGAUUAACCUUGCGAUCAUCGGAACCAAUUGGAUCACCCAUUCUUUUGUUGAAGCCGCACACGCGACUGGGAAAUACAACCUGUCCGCAGUCUACUCACGAAAGGAAGAGACUGCCAAAGAGUUUACAUCCAAGUACGAGGGCAAGCAGAUCACCACAUACACCGACCUCAAUGCCUUGGCACAAGACAAGAUUGACACAAUCUAUAUCGCCAGCCCGAACAUCCUACACUACGAGCAAGCCAAACUGUUUCUCAAUGCAGGCAAGAAUGUCAUCUUGGAGAAGCCCUCAUGCAGCACAGUCGAGGAGUUGGAUGAUCUAUUCAAGCUAGCCAAACAGAAGAAGGUCGUUCUUGUCGAGGCGUUCCGCCACAUCCAAGAAGCAAAUUUCAAACUCCUCAAGGAAAAGAUCUCCGACCUUGGUCCCCUGUAUGGCGCCUCUAUCACCUUCGCCCAGUACUCUUCACGCUACCAGAAGGUCCUGCAAGGCGAAGUACCAAACAUCUUCAACCUCGAGAUGGGCGGUGGCGCUCUCGUCGACUUGGGGGUAUACUGUGUGGCUGCAGCUGUCGAUCUCUUUGGCGCACCCACCUCUUCGCAGUACUACCCUGUCAAGAUCGCAACGGGAGCUGACGGUGCCGGUCGCUUGAUUCUCCACUAUCCCAACUUUACUGUACACCUCUGCCAUUCCAAGAUCUACAACUCUGAUGCCCCAUCUGAGAUCUAUGGCGAGAAGGGCACCUUAAUUGUACCGACCAUCACCGACAUCGACAAGAUCACUUUCUGGGAUCCUAAGAAGAAGUCACGGGAAGAAGUACAAGGAGUCAAGACGCCUGAGAAGCUGAACUUGAUUGAAGAGGCAAGAGAGUUUGCGAGAUGCAUUGAAGAUAAGGACGAGGCUGCGCUAGGGAGACUGGAGCAGCAUAGCAGGGAUACUUUGGCGAUCAUGCAGAAGGUCAGGCACGACAAUGGCCUUGUCUUCCCAGGAGGAAAGUAA